AUGGCUACUCUUAUUCUUUCUUUGUUGCUGUGGAUUUUAGCCAUCGACACCGUUGUGGCAAGUGGUUGCAUGGAGAUAGAGAGGAACGCACUCCUCACGUUUAAGGCCGGCUUGGUUGAUCCUCAGAAUUUAUUGUCUUCUUGGGAAGGCGUAGAUUGCUGUAAAUGGAGGGGAGUCGUCUGCAGCAAUAUCACGGGCCAUGUUGUGAAACUCAGCCUCCGAGGCUCGUAUGAUAUAUUAUACGGGGAAUGGUCAUGUUUGAGCGGUGAGAUCAAUCCAUCUUUACUUCUUUUAAGCAAUUUAGAGCACUUAGAUCUCAGCAUGAACAAUUUCAGCGAAAACAGCAUCCCACCAUACUUGGGUUCAUUCAAAAACUUGAGAUAUCUCAACCUCUCUUAUUUAAAUUUCGGUGGAACAAUACCUCCUCAAAUUGGAAAUCUCUCAAAACUUCGCUACCUUGAUUUAAGUUUUGACUCCACUUUUUCCGGCAUCACUCUUAGAGUAGAUGACAUUUUGUGGCUCACUCGUUUAUCUUCCUUAAAAUAUCUUGAUUUGAGCGGUGUGAAUCUGAAUACUUCUACAGAUUGGUUGCAUGCUGUAAAUAUGCUUCCUUCGUUGAAAGUGCUACAUUUGGCUGACUGUUCACUUCCCGGCAUUUCUACAUCUCUGUCACAUUUCAACCUUACAACUCUCAAUGUGCUUGAUCUUGGAGGAAAUCAGUUGCAGACCCUUGACGAUCCAUCCAUUUACAUCGGCAAUCCAUAUCUCUGCGGGCCACCGAGUACGAGAAAUUGUUCUGCAAAUGAAAUAAAUUAUGAGGAUAAUGAAGGCCCUAAGGAUAAGUUCGAGUGGCUAUGGAUAUACUUUGGUGUUGUACUGGGAUAUCUAUUCGGUUUAGCAGUUUUUUGUGGGGUUUUGUUGCUCAAUAAUGCUUGGAGGAAUGCUUAUUUCUCUGUGAUUGAUAUUGUAUGUGACAAGCUUUGCAUUGUAACUAAAAUAACUUUGACUACAUUAAGACAAAGACAUAGGAGAUGA